CACAACAGAGCAGCUCACUUAGCUUUAAGUGUUCCUCUCCAGGGCACGUGCCACUAUAAAAAGGCCCUUGAGCUUUCACAUUUUCUUUUCUUCUUCCCUCUCCAUCGCGUCUGUAGUCUUUGUUUUGUUUUUACCUUGUCUUUCAACCGCGUUCGCACGCACUUUUGCACCUUUCAUAUUUCACCAGAUCACUUGAUAACUUUAUCAGCUCCAAUUGAGCUUAUCAUUUCGUGGUGAUGUCUCCAUUCACUGCCAUCAACCACCCAGGUGUCGAGGACUCGGCUAUUAAAAUGGAAGAUGUUGAGGACACCAACACUGGUGAUGUCUCCGACGAAGGUGAAAUAAAAUCAGAGGACAGGCAGGAAGAACAGGCUGACGAUGGUCCAGCAAAAGAAAAAAAGGGUGAGAAAGAGCCCAAAAACCCGGCUACCCCACGCAAGCGUGGUCGCAAGCCAGGAGUUAAAAAGGACGCUGCCAUCAAAACUGAGAACAGCGAUGAAGGCAACAAGGAAAACGUCAACCCUGACGAUGACGGGUCUCCUCAAAAAAAACAGAGGAUGACUCCUGGUAAAAAGAGCCGUCCGAUCCCGACUUCCAUUGAAAACGCAUGCGAGGAAGACAAGAUGUUGCUCCGUCUCAAGGACAAGGAAAACAAGAGUUGGUCCGAAAUCGCCAGUGCAUGGACGAAGAUGACCGGAGAAGCGACCAAAGGAACCACGCUUUCAACUCGUUAUAUGCGUAUCAAGGCUAAUCUUGCCGUGCUGUCUAAGGACGACGAAAUUCUCUUGCUCAAAGUCAAGAAGGACAUGGAAGAAAAGUUUGAAGCAGAGAAGUGGCAGCGAAUCGCGGAGUCCAUGGAACAGACCCGCGGCGCGAAGUUUCCACCUCUCACUCUCCAGAAGAAGUUCAAGGAACUCGAGAAGAAGGGAAAUGGAGAAGAUGCAGUCUAA